AUGGCCGUGGUGCAAGCCGGCAUGGGCCUCACCCGCUUCGUCCUCCUCGUCGGCAUUGGUGCUGUCGGCGGCCCCAUCGCUGCCCGCAGCGGCAAACUCGGCGAGCUCCUCCGCGAUCUUCAGGAGUCUCUUAGAGAGAAGGGGGUGGGAGUGGAAUCGGCCCCCGUCAACGACGACACUAACAUAGUGGCUAAAGUACUUGCUCAAUUGACCAACGAGGUUCAUCACGUCGUGACAAGACCUAUUAUUCAGGUGGAUACAGGAAACGGAGCUGGAUCAGCUUUGAUAGUACCUGCUGCUGCUGUAGGGACAGUCGGCUACUGUUACAUGUGGUGGAAAGGAAUUUCCUUCUCUAGCUUGAUGUAUGUCACUAAACGCAAUAUGGCUAAUGCUGUUGCAAGCAUGACUAAGCAUCUGGAACAAGUGCAGAGCUCUCUUGCUGCUGCUAAAAAGCACUUAUCACAGCGCAUUCAGCACGUGGAUGAUAAAUUGGAACAGCAGAAGGAGAUUUCGGUGCAAAUAAGAGAUCAGGAUGAGAAGAUGGAUUCAAUUGAAGCAAAACAGAAUUAUUCAUGUGUGGCGGUGGAUUAUCUCUGCCAAUUCAUAGAAAAAAGGGUUGACAAGCUACCGGAACAGCUGGAAGGAUUGCAACAAACAGUAAAGCGCAUCGGAUACAAGAGCUCAGAGUUGCCACCGGGGCUGGGGGUUCGGGCAACUGCUGGCCACCGAAUCAGCGAACCCUUGCAGUAG